AUCUAUAAAUGGAAACACUAGCUAACCAGAAAUUAUCGCCAGGGCUCCUGAUAGUGUCCUAGGCUCUUACAACGUGGAAUGCCUGACAUUAUCUAACAUGCAAGCAUGUCAAAUCAUUUUCUAGACAGAAUCUGGACCUCUCUCUUUUUCCUUCUCUUUCUCCCCAUCUCUCUCAUUCUUUCAGCAUGGAAUUGGAAAAGCAUGAACCAGGAAGCUCACUAGAGAAGAACCAGAAUUUAGUGGAGAGAGUGACGGUCUCUCCUGGAGAUUCUGAAGCCAAACCUCUGAUCUUCACAUUUGUCCCCACUGUCAGAAGACUACCAACCCACAUUCAGUUGGCUGACACUUCCAAAUUCCUUGUUAAAAUUCCUGAGGAACCAAGUGAUAAGAGUCCAGAAAGAGUAAAUAGGUGUGAGUACAGUGGCCAUAUGACCUUCAGCUGUGACAGCCAACAGGAGAGAGACCAGAGGAUACUGGCUUAUCCCUCGGAGGUCAGUGGAAGGAACUCACAAGGAAAGAAAUUUGAUACGAACGAACCACAAGGAAUGCAGAAAGGCGACCUCUUCAAAGCAGAGUAUGUUUUUAUUGUGGAUUCUGAUGGGGAAGAUGAAGCUACAAGCAGACAAAGUGAACAAGGCACCCUGGGGGGAACCGGCAACAUAGCUACCCGGCCCAAGUCUCUGGCUAUUUCUUCCAGUCUGGCCUCUGAUGUGGUGCGUCCCAAAGUACGUGACGUUGAUCUCAAGGCCUCAACAUAUCCCAAAAUUCCUCAUGGAAUGGCCCCUCAGCAAAAGCAUGGACAGCUAACUUCUCCCACUACCUCUGAGCAGCUUGCUCAUAAACCACCUGCUUUCUCCUUUGUUUCUCCAACUAAUCAGAAAACGCCACCGGUCCCAGCUAACGUCAGCGGAGCCUCUGUGCGAGAGGAGUUUCACACUCGCAGGCUGGAUGCCGCAGGGGCCUCAGUGGAAGAAUCAGCUACGUAUUUUCACACUACUGCUCACGAGUCCCCCCUUUCUGCGUGGAGGGGCGCCUCGUCAUUAUUAUUUCCCCCUUCCACACAACUGCCCGGUUCUGGUUCAUGUGGCUCAAAUGUUGCUGCUCACACACCUGGGCUGGCAUCCGAAGCACAGAAGAAAAUGUCAACUUCGCAUGUCCUUGAUCCCAGGGAAGAUCUGAAAACCUCUCCUUCACCUGCCUCUGGUGCUUCUCUGAAGUCACCUUCAGCUUCCUACAUACCGGUCCGCAUUGUCAUGCAUUCUCUGUCUCCAAGUCCCAAACCACUUACCUCCUCUUCCUAUGGCUCCUUAUCUACUGUCUGUAGCCGAAUGUCCUCCAGUGGAAAUCUUUCAAAGUCAGGGCUCAAGUCCCCGGUACCCUCUCGGCUCUCUCUCCUCACUGCUAUCCUCAAAUCAAACCCUUCUCACCAAAGGCCUUUAUCCCCUGCAUCCUGCCCAACCUUCUCUCUCAAUUCCCUGGCCUCAUCCACUCUCACGCUUGAUCAAAAAGUAAAGCAAACUUCACCCACACCUAAGAAAUCUCUCUCAAGUUGCUCCUUGACAGCUGGGUCUACAGAGCAAGGAGAACACCAGGCUUCUUCAGAGACCCACCCACCCUGCCACCUCCCAUUCUUUUCCAAGGCUACCCCACUCUCUCAGAUGUACCCCCUCUCUCCACUAGCCCCCGACAGUAGCAGCUAUGCUUCUACAAAUAUAGAGAAGAUACCACGAGGCACCCCGAGGAACAGUCCAACACUAUCCCAGUUACAGACUGACACGUCCGGUUUUGCUGAUGUCCCUCCAGUCACACCGGGCUCAUCCCCUCUUUCUUCUUCGGAGGGCAGACAGGAUGGUAACCUCAGGAGUCCAGAAAAGAACAGGAAUACUUGCACACACCCUUUCCCCUCAUUAUCCUCUGCAUCUCCUGUUAAUGAGAGCACUGCCCUUUCCUCUCUAGAGAAACGUUUCCACCCCUCCCCAGCGCUCUCAGACCUGAUAGACAGGUCCAAAAGAGCUUGCUCUCAACAGCACCCAGGCCGGGGGUUGAGCCCUUCGGUUCCUUCUGAUCCUCCUACCUCCCAUGCUAGCUCUGCUUGUCAUCCCAACUUAGGGCUCUCCAUUCUUCCUCCUGAGAGUUCACUCACCCGGGUCCUCCAGCCUAGUCCUUCAGAACUGCACCUAAGUUAUGGCAGUGGUACAUGUCCUUCAAGAACUGGACUGCCAGAAAGCAUAAUAUCCAACCACAGCUCACUUGUUCCAACCCCAUCACUUCCUGUCUCUCUAACAAGAACCAAGGAGCUGAUCUCACCUUGCGCACUGUCCAUGUCAACAGACUCUGAAAAUAAGAAGCCCAAGCAAUACAAGACCAAGUCAAGCUACAAGGCUUUUGCAGCAAUCCCUACAAACACAUUGCUCUUGGAACAGAAGGCACUAGAUGAACCAGCCAGGACUGAAAGCAGCUCCAAGGCCAGCGUGUUAGAUCUGCCAGUGGAGUUGUGUUUCCCUGCACAACUCAGGCAGCAAACUGAAGAGCUCUGUGCUACUAUUGACAAGGUCUUGCAGGACUCCUUGUCUAUGCAUUCUUCUGAUUCUCCUUCACGGCCCCCACAGAAAAUGUUGGGUUCUGAAACCAUCAAAACUCCUACAACUCAUCCAAGAGCAGCUGGUCGAGAAACCAAAUAUGCAAAUCUUUUAUCAUCAUCUUCUACGGCGUCUGAAAGUCAGCUGACUAAGCCUGGAGUAAUUCGCCCAGUACCUGUCAAAUCCAAGCUACUACUGAGAAAGGAGGAAGAAGUUUAUGAACCCAACCCCUUCAGUAAAUACCUUGAAGACAACAGUAGCCUGUUUUCUGAGCAGGAUGUGGCCAUCCCUCAUAGGCCUGUUUCUCUCCAUCCUUUAUAUCAGUCUAAACUCUACCCUCCUGCUAAAUCCCUGCUGCAUCCACAGACCUUAUCUCAUGCUGACUGUCUUACCACCGGACCCUUCGGUCAUUUGUCCUCCUUCUCACUGAGGGAUGAACAGGAGAAAUCCCCCACUCUACUUAGUCAGAACACAUGCAAUAAGCUGGGCAUCUUUUCUGUGAAGCUGGGUCAUCCCAUGGUGACAAUUCCUGAACAUGACACUCUUGACUCUAAAGAGUGAUGAAUUUGGAGCAGAAGUGAAAACCAUUUUGCUGAAGAGUUUUGGAAUGCCGGUGCUAACCAUUUGCUAGAUUUCACUUGUGCUUUUUCAGAAUGAUGCUCUGUUGAUGAGCUCAGUCCAGCAGAAGAACCUGAAAGGUUUGCUGCAGCCACAUAGCAUCGGUACACUUGCAAAACCCAGAGCAGGAUGAUAGACCUGUAGCUUCUAGCAUUGCCGUUCAAGCCUAUAAUGCCUUCUAUAAAGUUGACAGCAAUACUAAUGCACCCCUAUGUUAAGCAGCUAAAUAAAGAAAAAUUAUAACUGAAUACAAAAUGACUGGGACUAUUUUUUCAAAUGGUCGUUUUGUUACUGUAAACAUUACUAACUGAAUCAAGUUUCAUUAUUGAGAGCAUAUCUCAGAGGAUGCUGAUACUUUAGGGGCCAUCAACAAAACUGUAAACAAGAGUAAGGUGGUACUUUUCAUAAUGCAUGCUGCUUCCUAAACUGUUAGGGUCUGACAUGUUGUAUGGACUGUGUCCAAGGGACAGCCCAAGGGUAAUGACCAAUAUUGUGCUGGGAUGACUUGAGCAGUCAUGUCUUUGCUUUUGGCUACAUGAUUCUUAUGAAAACCAUCUCACAGGUGGUGCUCCCACAGAGCAAACCCACACUACGAUGGCAGUCUCAAGAGGCUGGUCGUUCCACCGCUGCUGCCAACCCUACUGAGCAUGCUCCACUUGUCUCCCAGUUGUCACCCCAGCAGUUGAUCCUGGUUUUCUCUAGUGAUUUCCUUCUUCUGCCCCUAGGGAAGACCAAGACAACACCCACCAGAGAGUUCUCAGCAGUUCCCAGCAGCAAACUUCAGGUAGCAAUGGAGCCUUUGCAAAAUCUCUUUGACUUUGGCAUGUAGCUCACACUUCCUGAGAGACAGAUUUCCAUUACUGCUUCUCACUCCCACUGCUUCCUCAGCCCAGCCACCCCACUCAAAGGAGGUUGCUAUGAAGGAGCAACAGGAAUCAGAAUGCUCCAUUACCAGCUAUCAGGUGGUACCUGGGAAAUGUAAACUUUUUUUGGCUUCCCCUACUAGUAUUAGAAAUGCGUAUCUUCUCGGUAAAGAUAUCUGCUCUUUCAUCUUCCCCAAACAACUACACCAUCUCCAUGAACCACUUAAUAGGUCUCAACAUUCACUGAGUCUUGUUAUACAACAUUUACCACAAGUUCUUAAGAUGCAUUUGAAUUAAUAUUCAUAAUGAAUUAUUUUGUGAGGCAGAUGAUAUCUUUACCUAUGUUUUAUGUUUGCAAAAGUAGGCAUAUCCAAAUGCUUAAAUCAAGCUAAUAAAUGGUAGGGGUAGAAAGACAGGUAAUUUGAUUCUAGUAUAUUCACCAAUAUACUUUCCUGAUGUUUCAUUCAUUAAUUCAUUUACUCAUUCAUUCAAUUGUUGAGUUGGUCAUAUAAUUGUUUAUAUUUGGGCAAAUUCCUUUCUGUAUUUAAUUAUUAAUUUGUAACUGUUAUUUAUAGUAUUUUCCAUUUUUCCCUUGCAGAAGGCAAAUGUCCUUAUGUGCCUGAUGUUUAUGUAUGUUUGAAGAUGUUUUGUUUUUUGGCAUAAGUAUUUAAUAAAUGUAAAUUUUAUUGCCUACAUUGUUUCCAAUAUAGGUGUACCCAUUUUUAUUCCUACCAGAUAUUCAACACCUGUAAAGGCAACUUUUUAUAUGCAAAGGUUGUUUGAAUGUAGUAUCCUAUUCAUCUAGUUUUCAAAGGCUUGUGUUAGCCAUUUUAUGUUGUGACAAAAUAACAGGCAUCAACAAUUUGAGAGAGGGAGUGACACUUAAGCCCAUAGCCCCAUUGAUUCUAGGUCCAUGGUGAGGUAGAAUAUCAUGGUGGCUGGAGUUUGCAGAACAGAGUGAGUCUGUUCACUCCAUGGGGGUUAGCAAGAAGAGAGAUAGGAAGGGAUAAGUUGUAAUAAAGGCACGACUCCCAGUGUGCUAGGACUCACCCCUAAAAUGUCUAGAACCUCUCAAAAUAGUGCCAUCCACUGAGAACCAA